CUGGGGUGCUGGCGAGGCGAGCCUGCCCCAGGCUGUCUGUCUGCUCGUGCGGCGGUGGGGGGGACACACGAUGACCUUCCCCUCCUCACGAAGACCUAAGAGGGAAGAGCAACCCCCAGCGAGAGCCCCCUGUGCUGAUGAUUUUCAGGGACUUGUUGGCAACUCAGCGAGGGUUGCCAUAGCUUUUUUAUGUAGGGUGACCAGAACCGGCUGAAACUGGUUUGAGGCAGAUCAGCUCCUGAACACAAUGCAGUCACUGAGCUACUACAGUGGGAUAGCAGCUUCCUCCCUUCAUGGCAGCCAAAAGCAGAGGAGCUUGCAGGAAGGUACCACCCCAACACAGUAUGUGAAUGCACACUUAGACACCACACAGCACUGGUACGUGACUAAUGGAGCCCUUAAAGACUCUGGGUAGAGAAGAUGGAAACAAAUGUGCAGGUUUGCGAGGUCUGAGAUGACUUGGGCUUUUCCUGCCUUUUUCUUUUUGCUUAAGGGAUGGACAAGGAGCUGAGAUUUAUGACCCUUAUUAAAGAAAAAAAUGUGCCUUGCUAGGGUGGGGACACUUGGUUUAUGCAGAGUCUCUCUCUCUCGUUCUCUGUGUUUUUAACAAAACCAAACCAAAAUGAACUGAUGGAUUUCUGAUGGUUGUUGGUGCUGGCGGAUGCUACUUUGCAUGCUUUUUUUUUUCUCUUGCAGGGUAUGUUCUGUUUUGUGCUUUUCCUUGUAGAAGCUACUAAAGGGUGUUGGGGAUACUUCUGACUGUUAUGAAGGCCGAAAGAGAAUGCAACCGCGUGGCAGAAACUGAACACUGGUCCAAAGUCUUUCCAACAGGUCAAGGUUCUCAAGAGCGCCCGAGCGGACCCAUGACCAUGGGGGAUAUGAAGACCCCAGACUUCGACGACCUCCUGGCAGCGUUCGACAUCCCCGACAUGGUCGACCCCAAAGCCGCCAUCGAGUCCGGCCACGACGACGCCGAGGCCCACGCCAAGCCCAGCGCGCACGGGGACGACGACGCGCACGCGCCGGCCGCCUCCGACGUGGGCGUGAGCGUCAUCGUGAAGAACGUGCGCAGCGUGGACUCGGCCGAGGGCGCCGACAAGGACGGCCACGCGCCCGCGGGCAACGGGCUGCACAACGGCUUCCUGGCCGCGGCCGCGCUCGACGGCUACGGCAAGGACGGGCCCAAGGCGCUCAAGGGCGACGCGCCCGCCGCCGAGGCGCUCAAGGACGCGGCCUUCAGCCAGUUCAGCCCCAUCUCCAGCGCCGAGGAGUUCGACGACGACGAGAAGAUCGAGGUGGACGACCCCCCCGACAAGGAGGAGGCGCGCCCCGGCUUCAGGGCCAGCCUGCUGGCCGGGCCGCUGCCCGCGCAGGGCUACGAGAAGCUGCGCGCGCUCGGCGGGGAGCACCUGGGCAAGGCCGCGCCGCCCGCCGCGGGCGCCGGCGAGAAGGGCAAAGCGGUCAAGAGAGAGACGGAGGCGAAUUCGCUGAACCUCGGCGUCUACGAGCCCUUCAAAGCCAGGAAAGCGGAGGACAAGCUGAAGGAGAACGCCGAGAAGGGGCCCGAGAACAGGAUCCACGACGGGAAGCUGAACCCCGACAAGAACGACAGCGCCCCGGGCGCCCCGCCGGGCAGGGCCAAGCCGUCCUCCAAGCUCUCCUCCUGCAUCGCGGCCAUCGCGGCGCUCAGCGCCAGGAAGGCGGCGUCCGACCCCGGGAAGGAGCCCGCGGCCCACUCCCGGGAGCCCUCCCCCUCGCCCAAAGAGGCCCACGACAGCCCCAGAGCCAUAGAGAAGUCCCCCGAACCCCAGAGUCUCAUCGACGGGACGAAGAAAGCCCCCCUGAAGCAGCCGGACAGCCCCCGGAGCAUCUCCAGUGAGAACAGCAGCAAGGGCUCGCCCUCCUCGCCCGCGGGAUCGACACCAGCAAUCCCCAAGGUCCGCAUCAAAACCAUCAAGACGUCCUCAGGGGAGAUAAAGAGAACUGUGACCAGGGUGUUGCCCGAGGUCGAUCCCGACGCUGGAAAAAAGUCUUCCGAGCAGACGGGGGCGGUGAUGGCCUCCGUGACCUCGCUCCUGUCCUCUCCUGCUUCGGCAGCUGUCCUGUCCUCACCCCCCAGGGCACCCCUGCAGUCCGCCGUGGUCACCAACACGGGGGCCCCUGCGGAGUUGACCCCUAAACAGGUCACUAUUAAGCCUGUGGCCACUGCCUUCCUCCCAGUGUCUGCUGUGAAGACGGCAGGGUCUCAGGUCAUCAAUUUGAAGCUCGCUAACAACACGACAGUCAAAGCCACGGUCAUAUCUGCGGCCUCUGUUCAGAGCGCCAGCAGCGCCAUCAUCAAAGCGGCCAACGCCAUCCAACAGCAAACCGUCGUGGUGCCCGCCUCCAGCCUGGCCAACGCCAAACUCGUGCCAAAGACUGUGCACCUCGCCAACCUUAACCUUCUGCCUCAGGGCGCCCAGGCCACUUCUGAGCUCCGCCAAGUGCUAACCAAACCUCAGCAGCAAAUAAAGCAGGCAAUAAUCAACGCGGCAGCCUCGCAGCCCCCCAAAAAGGUGUCUCGGGUCCAGGUGGUGUCCUCCCUGCAGAGUUCGGUGGUGGAAGCUUUCAACAAGGUGCUGAGCAGCGUCAACCCAGUCCCAGUUUACAUCCCCAACCUCAGUCCUCCUGCCAACGCGGGCAUCACGCUGCCCACCCGGGGGUAUAAGUGCUUGGAGUGCGGCGACUCCUUCGCCCUGGAGAAGAGCCUGACCCAGCACUACGACAGGCGCAGCGUGCGCAUCGAGGUGACCUGCAACCACUGCACCAAGAACCUUGUUUUCUACAACAAGUGCAGCCUCCUCUCGCAUGCCCGCGGGCACAAGGAGAAAGGGGUGGUGAUGCAGUGCUCACACCUGAUUUUAAAGCCGGUCCCAGCAGAUCAGAUGAUCGUUUCUCCGUCAAGCAAUACUUCUACUUCAUCUUCCGCUCUUCCGAGCUCCGCGGGAGCUGGCACACACACUGUAACAAAAAUUCAGUCUGGCAUCACGGGGACGGUCAUAUCGGCUCCGUCGAGCACGCCCAUUGUCCCGGCGAUGCCCCUGGACGAGGACCCUUCCAAGCUCUGUAGGCACAGUCUGAAAUGUCUGGAGUGUAAUGAAGUUUUCCAGGACGAGACGUCACUGGCGACACAUUUCCAGCAGGCCGCAGACACGAGUGGACAAAAGACUUGCACUAUCUGCCAGAUGCUGCUUCCUAACCAGUGCAGUUAUGCAUCCCACCAGAGAAUCCAUCAGCACAAAUCUCCCUACACCUGCCCUGAGUGCGGGGCCAUCUGCAGGUCGGUGCACUUCCAGACCCACGUCACCAAGAACUGUCUGCACUACACGCGGAGAGUUGGUUUUCGGUGCGUCCACUGCAACGUCGUGUACUCUGAUGUGGCUGCUCUGAAGUCGCACAUCCAGGGUUCCCACUGUGAAGUCUUCUACAAGUGUCCUAUUUGUCCAAUGGCGUUUAAGUCGGCCCCCAGCACACAUUCUCAUGCCUACACCCAGCAUCCGGGCAUCAAGAUAGGAGAGCCAAAAAUAAUAUAUAAGUGUUCCAUGUGCGACACGGUAUUUACCCUGCAAACUCUGCUGUAUCGCCACUUUGACCAACACAUCGAAAACCAGAAGGUGUCCGUUUUCAAGUGUCCAGACUGUUCUCUUUUAUAUGCACAGAAGCAACUCAUGAUGGACCAUAUCAAGUCUAUGCAUGGAACGUUGAAAAGUAUUGAAGGCCCUCCAAACUUGGGAAUAAACUUACCUUUGAGCAUUAAGCCUGCAACUCAGAAUUCAGCAAAUCAAAACAACAAAGAGGACACCAGAUCCAUGAACGGGAAAGAGAAAUUGGAGAAGAAAUCUCCAUCUCCUGUCAAAAAAUCGAUGGAAUCCAAGAAAGUGGCCAGUCCUGGGUGGACGUGUUGGGAGUGUGACCGUCUGUUUACCCAACGAGACGUUUACAUUUCUCACGUGAGGAAGGAACAUGGGAAGCAAAUGAAAAAACACCCUUGCCGCCAGUGUGACAAAUCCUUCAGCUCAUCACACAGCCUGUGCCGCCACAACCGGAUCAAGCACAAAGGCAUCAGGCACUGCCCAGACUCCAGACGUACCUUUACGAAACGGUUGAUGCUGGAGAAGCACAUCCAGCUUAUGCAUGGUAUUAAGGAUCCUGACUUGAAAGAAAUGACAGAAGCCACCAAUGAGGAGGAAACAGAAAUAAAAGAAGAUACUAAGGUUCCUAGUCCCAAGCGGAAGUUGGAAGAACCCGUGUUGGAGUUCAGACCUCCCAGAGGAGCCAUCACCCAGCCCCUGAAGAAAUUAAAGAUCAACGUCUUCAAGGUCCACAAGUGCGCCGUGUGCGGCUUCACCACCGAGAACCUGCUGCAGUUUCACGAGCACAUCCCGCAGCACAAGUCGGACGGCUCGUCCUACCAGUGCCGGGAGUGCGGCCUCUGCUACACGUCGCACGUCUCCCUGUCCCGGCACCUGUUCAUCGUGCACAAGCUGAAGGAGCCCCAGCCUGUGUCCAAGCAGAACGGGGCCGGGGAAGACCACCAGCAGGAGAACAAGCCGGGGCCCGAGGACGAGGCGGCGGACGGCACGCCGUCGGACAGGAAGUGCAAGGUGUGCGCAAAGACGUUCGAGACGGAAGCUGCCUUAAACGCGCACAUGCGGACACACGGCAUGGCCUUCAUCAAGUCCAAAAGAGUCAGUGCAGCCGAGAAAUAGCCACGGCCCUCCCGCGAGGAAAAUCCCAGUCCACAUUGGAGUAAAAAAGACAUUUUUGUUACAAAAAGUUGGCAGUGUAAUAGCGCUGACAGCCAGGCCAGGCUGUUUGGGGGUCUCCUCUCUCCACAUCCCUUUACCUGGUGGUGGUCCAUCCUCGAGAAGCAUUAAAGCAGUAUUUGAGUUUAAAAGAGUUUGUAUAUAUUUAAAUGAAUAACUUUUUAUACUCUUUGUUACAUGUUUGUAUCAGUAUUUAGUGGAAAACGUUUUGAGGUUUUGUUGGUUUUUUGGGGGGCUAGAGUUUUUCUUUUUGUACUGUUUCUUUAAAACGGAGUUCUUAGUAACAGGGGCAGUUCCUGAAAUCAAAUAAACCAUUUUGUAUGUUACGGAUUUGAAUGGGUUAACUAAUUACAGGCGAAGAUAAUGCCUUUUUUAGUGUUUUUAAUUUUUAGAAUUCACUACGUAAAUUGUAGAUUUCCGUGGGUCUCAAACACUCUGGGGACUCCUAAGUGUCUUAGCACUACCCUCCACGUGCCUGCUCUCACCGGGGAGCGCACACUUCUCCCGGACCGCCCGGCCUGUUCCCGGGCCUCGCGGGCGGCUCUCGGGCCGCCCUCAGGUAGCUUCUUCCACGUCUGGGUAACAACUUAGGCCAGAAAGGAGUGUGGGUUCCCUUAACUCCAUCUCAGAACCGGGGAGUGGGGUGUCCUCAAGGGAAAAACCAGGGGCUGGUUGUCUUUCUGGGCACAUUUGCGAGCCUGGCGUCCAUAGCACGAGGGGGUCCGGUCAGGAAAGGGCUGGGCUACCCUAGAGGUUGCACAGGUGCGGUCAGUCCGGUGGAUUUCUGGUAGUCAAGCUCCUGUCGUGUCAUUUAUUAACCAUUACAGAGACACAACUAAAAAUAUCUAGUAUUUCUUUGGCUCUUGACAGGAAAAAAAAAAAAAAUUAUUCACUGUUGACUUAACCCUUUGCUGUCUGAAGAGUUGGCGUUUCCUGUUCUGGGUGCUACCGCCAAAUGUCCUGGUACUUUGAGUUGGAUGCACAACUCCGCGCCGACUUCACAAGCGGCCUGCAGCACCGUCGCCCUCCAGUUAAGUGCUGAGCCACCGCGUUGAGGUCGGUCACUUCAAUAAGUGUUUCUAAUACCAGUAGUUCUGCUUUGCCCGCGUGCAGCAGGGUACUCCUGUCCCUUCCGUUCAUAGUUCUCUGGGAGAGUUACACAUUUUGGUUCUGUGUUUUCUUUUGCAUUUUAUAUCUUGUAUUUAUCCCCAAACAUGUUUUGUACUUUUUUUUUUUUUUUUAAAAGAAA